CCGCGCCGGGACCCACGGCCAUGGCCGCCGCCCUCCGGUGCGCCCUCUGCAGCUGCCUCCUGCUCUGCGGUCCCGGUGUUGACACGCGUGCGUGGGAGGGAAAGCGGACGCUUCCAGGCUCGGCAGCCGGGAGCAGAGCCCUGCACACGGUGGCCUUACCUGCUCCACCUAAACCGGCCCUGGCCCUACGUUGCCCAAAACAGAGUCACAUCUAAGACUGAUGCGAGUUGUGUUCCACUCUGUCGCUUACAAAGAACAAAAACCGCAUCAGUGUCGUUCUCGUCUCUUUGAGUGUAAAGUCUCUGGAAUAGUGCCAAAACCCCAAAAUGCAAGGAUUACUUCCGUUAAUCUUCGUAGCAUUUUACACUGGGAUCCACCUAGGUUUCACAAAGGGAAUGUGAGUUACACUGUCCAAUAUAAAAGCAACAACAUCAAUCGAAGCAGAUCUGAAAAUUUAAGCACAAACUUGAGACUCACAGAAUGUGAUAUUUCUUCUCUGUCUGCAUAUGGAGACUACACUUUACUGGUCAGAGCAGAGUCUGGAAAUGAGCAUUCAGACUGGGUGAAAAUCAGAUUUAAGCCAAUGGAUGACACAGUCAUUGGGCCACCUGAUGUAAAAGUGAAGUCUGUGUCUGGGUCCCUGCAUGUGGAUUUUAUAGGUCCCUUUGCUGAAAAUGAGGAGGACAAGUGGCCUCUACAGAAAUAUUAUGGCUUGUGGAAUUACAGAAUACUGUACUGGAAGAAAGGCAGCAAUUCUGAGGUGGCUUACACAGAUUCUUCAUACAACUCUGAAAUCCUAUCUCAGUUGGAGCCCUGGACAGUAUACUGUGUUCAAGUGCAAGCACUUAUCCCCGAGUCGAACAAAAGAGGGGAACUGAGCGAAGAGCUCUGUGAGCAGACAACCCACAAUGGUGUAACUCCUGUGUGGAUAAUUGUGACUGUUCUUAUAGGAUCAAUGUUGGUCGCUGUAAUAUCUGUUCCUGUUUGUUUCUUCUCCUUUUUGUAUCUUUAUCGACUCACCAGACAUGUUUGCUGCCCUUCAUAUAUUUUCCCAGAACAUUUGAAAGAGUUUCUGAGCAAGCCUCCCAGUGGUUCGCAGUUUUUCACUCCACUCCCACAAGAACAGCAUCUUUCUUAUGACAAGCUAACUGUUAUUUCAGAAGAAUUAAAAAAUCAGAAUGAUGAGACUGAGGAUGAGACCAGCAAGACAACAGACCACGUUCAGUACUCUGAACAAGAAGAUUCUGAUUCAAGAAUGUUUUCAGAAAUGGCCUAAAUGCACUCCUCAAACUUUAUUUGGACCAAAGGAAAACCAAUGGGCUGUUGAGUUUGCUGCAUUCAAAAAUGUUCAUAUGAAGAUACGUACACAGACUUUUGACAGAAUCAUAUUAUUUUUUUAAAGCACAAGAAACUUGACUAUAAAUGAGAAACUAGGUGAUACAUAAUUUUUGCCACUUUGUGGUGGCUCUGUUAAGUUGUAGCAAUAACUAG